AUGUUUGGCAGUACCAAUGAAAUUAACGAAGUUUUGGAUAUGGAAAUGGAGCACCACCUUAGCAAUGGCAAUGUUGAGGCAUGGAUCAUGCUGUCGAUAUUUCGAGGUCAUAUCGAUGCCAUGAUACAAUUUGCAAGCCAGAGAGACCUGCUAUGUCCCUACCUUAUCAGUAUAUCGCCCUGCGUAUCUUUUAAAUAUUGGAAGGACGCUACUCAGCUGUAUCUCGCACAAAUAGAUAGACUCGUUGCGAAAGGGGAAGAAGAUAAAUUAUUACAAUUUAAAAAUUACGGUGGCCCAGUGUAUCGUAAAGUUGGCUCGUUACUGAGCGUACACGAUGUAAAGGGCGCCGUUGCAGCUCUCAUAGAGUCUAGACUUUACAAAGAGGCGUACAUAUUGUGCAGGACAAGGCAUAUGGAGAGCAUAGCGUCGGAAACACUGCAUAAAUGGGCCGAGGAUUGUUUCCGAACAGGCAGUUGGACUUUGGCUGCUAUUUGUUACAUUGCUCUUGGAGAUUUAUCUCAAGCUGCCACAAUACUUGGGAAAUCACAAAAUCAAGCAUGCUUAUGUCUGGCUGCAGAUAUAGCAAAAGUGGCCGGAUAUAACACUUUCGCAGAUCAUAUAGAGGAAAGAAAGUUGCAAGUAAAGCCAAAAAAAAUGAAAACAGAAACCGAUAAGUUAUUAGAAGAUUUACCAUCCAGGAUGGAACUUUUAAUGAAGAGCGGAAUGGGUGUGGACACCCCAGCGCUGAACGCAUCUGCAUCUGAAAUUAAUGAAUAA